GCGGUCGAGCGCGACUUACAGUGCGCGUGCUUCGCGUGCAGGAGCAGACGGCCUCCGCGGCCAAGACACGCGCGACUCGCGGCAAGCAGAGCGAAGCAGAGCGUCCCUCUCGCCGGGACGAGUCUCGCCUCGUGCGCGUGUGUGUUUGUGUGCGUGUCUAUCUGCCUGUGUGUGCAGCAAGCAACGAAGUAAACAAGACCGCUUAAAAAGUGCCUGGAAGAAAAGUGUUGUGCGUUGUCGCGUCGUCUCAGGAACUGGUGCCAAUUUCUUUCCCGGGAAGAGGUGCGAGAGCCGCUCCGGAGAAAUGCACCGGCCGUCGUGAGGAAGGCGCAGGACGCACGCACCGCCGGGGAACCGUCGCACCGCCGCCGCACCGGUCCAUGGUGCCGCACUCCCCCGCAGUGGCCAUGAUGCCCCUUGGCCAGGCCAGGGCCGUCGACCGCAUCGUCGCCUGCGUCGCCAGGCGGAGGGAGCGGGGCCUGCCCCGGAAACCCAUCUGAACCUGAAUCCGAAGCACGGACCGACCCAUCUGAACCUGAAUCCGGACCAAGGACUAACCCGUUAAUGACUAACCGCUGCCUGCACUGACGAGUCCCGCCUCAAGACUGGAUACCGCCGGCAGGGAGGCCGCCAGCCUGCAGGCCGCCGCCAGCCUGCGGGCCUUCGCCACCUUCGCCAGCCUCCUGGACCACCAGACACAGCCUGAUACCUAUGGCAUGGCCGGCGAGACGGAGUCCGCGGCGGGGGCGGUCCACGGGGACCCCCAGCACGCCGACGACGACCAGGACACGCUCGUGGCGGUGCUGCUGUGGUCCGGGCGCGGGCUGCUGCUGCUGCUGCUGCUCCUGGGCGCGGCGGCCAACGCCCUCGCGCUGGUCGCCUUCUGCCGCGGCCCGGGGCUGCGCACGCUGUCCAACCGCUUCGUCAUGAACCUGCUCGUGGUGAACCUGGUGGCGUGCGCGUCGCUGCUGCCGCUGCUGCUGCUGGACAGCGCCACGUCCAUGGCGGGCGGCUCGGCGCUGUGCUCCAUCAGCGAGGGCGUGGCCGCCGGCUACUGCACCGCCUCCAUCCUCGGCGUGCUGCUCAUCGCGGUGGACCAGUACUACGCCGUGGUGGACCCGCUGCGCUACCACUCCAAGGUGGACGCCGUCCGGAGCGUGGCCAUGCUGGCCGCGGCCUGGCUGUGCGCGCUGCUCGCCGGCAUCCUGGGCGCGCUAGAGCCGCGCGGCGCCGGCCUGUGGGCCUCCUGCGGGCUGCGCGACCUCCCCGACGGCGACCAGGACGGCGUGUCCUUGUACCGGCGCGUGUACGCGGGCGUGUUCGCCGUCGUCGUCUUCGUCAUCCCGUUCGCCGCGCUCUGCUGGAUCUACGUGUCCAUCUACAGCGCGGCGCACCGCAACUCGCAGCGGACGCGGCGCAACGGCUCAGGCUCCGUGGCGCCGUCCACGCCUCCCCCCGAGUCCAGCUGCUCCGAGUGCGGGGUGCGCUGCGUGGGGGUGGGGCCCACGCCGACGAGCUUUCUGAGCGGCCACAGCCGGGCCACGCCGCCAGGCCUGCCCGUCAGCCGCAGCGCGCCCGUCAUGGACGCCGCGGCCAUGGAGGCGGCCGCCGCAGCCGCGGCCGUGGACCAGCACCUCCAGCUGCCCGCCAGCCGCCGCAGCUCGCUCACGUCCGCGGCGGGCGAGGCGGAGCGCGCCGAGACCAGCUCGGCGUCGUCCUCCACGACGACGGGCAUGAUGAUGCCGCCGCGGUCGGAGCGGCGGCGCAGCAGCUGCCCGCACGCGCACGCCGUCACCGUCACAAUCUCCCCGCCGACGCUGCCCGUGCGCUCGGCGUCGGCGUGGCUCGUGUCGUCGCUGCGCUGCCGCAUCUCCAACGCGUCGCUGUUCCGCUACCGCGAGGAGGGCCGUGCGGCGCGCGUGUCCGCCAUCGUGGUGGUCAUGGCGCUGGGCUGCUGGGCGCCCUACGUGGCCGUGCUGGUGCUGCACGCCGCGCUACCGCGGCCCGCCACGCCGGGCAGGGCCUCGCCCUUGGCCUCGCCCGCCCUGCCGCGCCACCUCGACGCCCUGGCGCUGGCCGCCCUCGCCGCCGCCGUCUGCAUCUCGCCCUGCUUGUUCGCCUUCCGGAACCGCCGCGUGCAGAAAGAGGUUCGGCGCAUGCUGUGCCCGCGCGGUCGCAAGGGCUCGCUGGAGCGCGGCCGCGGCACCCUGGGGGCGUCCGGCAUCAAGAGCAAGAGCCGCCUCCAGGUGAACGGCGGCGCGGGGGGCGGGGGCGGCAGCGCGCGGAGGCUGCUCCCCCACAACCUGAUGGCGAGCCUGGCCGAGGACUGCAGCACGCCGUCGGACAGCACGUCGGCCCUGACGAUCUCGGGCAUCGGCAAGGGCGGCGACGACGACGCCAGCGCCCUGACGGUGUCCGUGUCGCUGCUGCCGGCGACGUCGCCCGGAGUGCCGCUGUGGUCGGCGCACCUGCUGCCCGAGGACGCGCUGGCCUCGGCGCUGGCCGUGGACACCGCCCGCAGCUCCUUCUCGUCGGGGGCGUCCUCGUCGCAGGGCUCCGCGCUCUCUACCGACACCGCGGACGAGUGAGGGGAGCGCUGCCAGUGUGCCAGCGCUGCAGACUGACCGACUCGGAGAGUCGUUUUCGUCGCUCUGUCUCUCUCGCACCUGUACGGGGCGCCCCAUGAAUGCGAGAGAGACAGAGCGCGAGGAGUGCGGGCGGUGGAAUCGUUCGACAGGAGAGCAGCUCGCCCCGCGACCCGAGGCCGCGGCCGUGCCAUUCUAGUGCCAAGGACUUUUUGCCCAAUGAUAUUAAACUGUUUGGUCCUCAAGAUGCACAAGUGAUAUUAAUGACUGCGGUGUUCCUCCGUUGUGAGCCUUGCCUUGGCGUGUUCUGCUGUUGUCUUCUUAGAUCUGUUCUGUUUCUCUUCAGAAGCCCCCCGACAAUCACGAAAGCGUCUGAAAGGUGGCCUCUCGAUGUGCUCCAACUGUUUGUCUGUCAUGUGACCGCUUUCUGACUAUACACGUGUUUGUUGUGUGCUUUGUAUUUGAUUCUGUUUAACCCCCAAAACAACCGAACUUGUCUGACUUUUCCAUGUCUUCAUGUGAGAAUAACAGGCGACUUCUGGCUGUACUUGUAUUCUCAAAAACCUGCUAUUUUUAUCCAACUUUUGGAUAAAGAGCCAAAUGGAGAAUAUUAUCUCAUAACUCUUACAUGGGAUCACUAGUCAUAGUUUAAUUGAAUAAUAUUAUUUUGGAGAGGUAAUCAAUUUCUUUCCCAUGUUUAUAGUCUGAUGAAUAUCUCAAAUUAUGUACAGACUUAAACUGAGAGAAAUGUUAUUUUCCUUGAAGAUCUUAAACUACAUCUAUACCAGAAGAAAUUUUGCAUCUCAUGUGCCUCAAGGGCAUAAACAAUCUCAGGGGCCAUUUGCUUCAGCUUCAAUGGGGGAUCAUUCAUUCAUUUUUUACACUAGGCAUUGCUCUCACAAACACUAAGUUUGUGAUUAAAUGAAUACUGUGAUAAUUAGCAUUGAUACGUGUACAUAAUAAUUGUUCUUUGUUCUUGAAAUGUCUUAGAGUAAGGCUUGUUAACUAAAUCCUGUAAACCAGGUGAACAUGACAAAGUUUAGCUGUGUAAAUGAAAAGUAUCAAGCAUGUUCACAAACUACAAAAUUGACCCAUCCUUGUCCUACUCCCUCCCCAAAUUUAUAAUAUUUUUGUCAAAAAUAAAUUUAUUUAAGAAACAUGA